CUGGGAGAGGCGGAGGGGAGGCGGGCUGCGCGGGGCGAGGAAGGAUGGAGAGCGCGGCGGGGAGGCAGCCAGGAGCGGGGCUGAUGAGGGCAUGAGAAGGAAGAGGAGGCGAAGGGGAGGCAGCGCGCCUUUGGCACUCACCCCGGGCAGGGCUGGGCUGGGCUGGGCUGGGCGAUGAAAAGGUCUCCGGCACGAAGGGCGCUUCGCAGCUAGGAUGAUGCUCCGGUUCGUUGGUCGGUAGUACUAUGAUUUGGUAUGUGGCCACUUUGAUAGCAAGUGUGAUCAGCACCAGAGGACUGGCAGCAGCUCAAGGUGCCCACGGCUUAAGGGAGGAACCCGAGUUUGUGACAGCUCGUGCCGGGGAGAGUGUGAUCCUGGGGUGCGACGUGAUCCAUCCGCUGACGGGCCAGCCCCCUCCUUAUGUCGUAGAGUGGUUCAAGUUUGGAGUACCUAUCCCCAUCUUCAUCAAGUUCGGGUUUUACCCUCCCCAUGUGGACCCAGAAUAUGCCGGCCGUGCCAGCCUUCAUGACAAGGCAUCCCUGCGCAUUGAGCAGGUUCGCUCUGAGGACCAGGGCUGGUACGAGUGCAAAGUGCUCAUGCUGGAUCAGCAGUACGACACCUUCCACAAUGGCAGCUGGGUGCAUCUCACCGUCAAUGCUCCCCCCACCUUCACAGAAACUCCCCCCCAAUACGUAGAGGCGAAAGAAGGCAGCAGCAUUACCCUGACGUGCAUGGCUUUUGGGAACCCUAAACCAACUGUUACCUGGCUAAAAGAGGGGGACCUCUUGGGUAAUAAGAACAAAUAUCAGGUUAGUGAUGGCAGUCUGACUGUUGUAUCCAUCAGUAGGGAUGACCGAGGUGCUUACACCUGCCGGGCGUACAGUAUCCAGGGAGAGGCUGUGCACACCACCCGCUUGCUUGUGCAAGGACCCCCUUUCAUCGUUUCCCCUCCGGAGAACAUCACCGUUAACAUCUCCCAGGAUGCAAUGUUCACCUGCCAGGCUGAGGCAUAUCCAGGCAACCUGACCUAUACUUGGUACUGGGAAGAAGAGAAUGUCUACUUUAAGAAUGACCUAAAGCUUAGGGUGCGGAUCUUGAUUGAUGGGACACUGAUCAUCUUCCGAGUCAAGCCUGAAGAUGCCGGCAAGUACACCUGCAUUCCUAGCAACAGCCUCGGACGCUCACCAUCUGCCUCGGCUUACCUGACGGUGCAAUAUCCGGCCCGGGUGGUGAACAUGCCACCCAUCAUAUAUGUUCCUGUGGGGAUACAUGGAUACAUCCGCUGCCCAGUUGAGGCAGAACCGCCGGUUACCUUGGUCAAGUGGAACAAAGAUGGACGCCCUCUGCACAUUGAGAAGUAUUCUGGCUGGAGCCUGAUGGAAGAUGGCUCAAUUCGAAUAGAAGAGGCAACCGAAGAAGCUCUCGGCACAUACACCUGCGUGCCUUAUAAUGCCCUGGGUACAAUGGGCCAGUCCCCCCCUGCCCGACUGGUACUAAAGGACCCACCCUAUUUCACGGUGCUACCAGGCUGGGAGUACAGACAAGAGGCAGGGAGGGAGCUGUUGAUACCCUGUGCCGCUGCAGGAGACCCCUUUCCCGUCAUCGCCUGGAGAAAGGUAGGGAAGCCCAGUAGAAGCAAGCACAACACCCUUCCAAGUGGCAGCCUCCAGUUCCGAUCUCUCAGUAAGGAUGACCAUGGAGAGUGGGAAUGCGUCGCUACCAACAUAGUCACAAGCAUAACUGCUAGUACCCAUCUGACCGUCAUCGGCACAAGCCCCCAUGCUCCAGGCAAUGUGCGCGUCACCGUUUCCAUGACCUCUGCCAAUGUUUCCUGGGAGCCUGGCUAUGAUGGAGGAUAUGAACAGACAUUCUCAGUUUGGAUGAAGCGGGCACAGUUUGGACCUCAUGACUGGCUCUCUCUUCCAGUACCGACUGGCCCCAGUUGGCUUCUUAUGGAUAACCUAGAACCGGAGACUGCCUAUCAGUUCAGUGUCUUGGCCCAAAACAAGCUGGGCACAAGCUCCUUCAGUGAGGUGGUCACUGUGAAUACUUUAGCAUUCCCUGUCACAACUCCAGAACCCCUGGUGCUGGUUACUCCACCGAGGUGCCUAACAGCCAACCGGACACAGCAAGGAGUCCUUUUGUCAUGGCUUCCUCCAGCCAAUCAUAGUUUUCCGAUUGACCGAUAUAUCAUGGAGUUUCGGGUAGGAGAAAGAUGGGAGAUUUUAGAUGAUGCCAUCUUGGGGAGUGACAGUGACUUUUUUGCCAAGGAUUUGACUCAGGACACAUGGUAUGAGUUCCGCGUUCUGGCUGUCAUGCAAGACCUCAUCAGUGAACCCAGCAACAUUGCUGGUGUGUCCAGCACAGACAUAUUUCCACAGCCAGACCUAACAGAUGAGGGUUUGGCCCGUCCUGUGCUGGCAGGGAUAGUUGCCACCAUAUGCUUCCUUGCGGCUGCCAUCUUGUUCAGCACUCUAGCUGCCUGCUUUGUCAACAAGCAACGCAAGCGGAAACUUAAGCGCAAAAAAGACCCGCCUCUUUCAAUAACCCACUGCAGGAAAAGUCUAGAGUCUCCGUUGUCCUCUGGCAAGGUGAGUCCUGAGAGCAUCCGAACCCUUCGGCCCCCUUCUGAAUCCUCUGAUGACCAAGGUCCACCUGGCAAGCGGAUGUUGAGCCCCAGCAAGGAGAAGGAGCUGUCCCUUUAUAAGAAGACCAAGCGGGCCAUCAGCAGCAAGAAAUACAGUGUUGCCAAGGCUGAGGCAGAAGCAGAAGCAACCACCCCCAUUGAACUCAUCAGCCGUGGGCCAGAUGGCCGUUUUGUUAUGGACCCUUCAGAGAUGGAGCCCUCACUCAAGACCCGCCGGAUAGAGGGCUUCCCCUUUGUGGAGGAGACUGACAUGUACCCCGAGUUUCGCCAGUCUGAUGAAGAAAACGAUGACCCCGUGAUGCCUGCCUCUGUGGCAGCCCUCAAGUCCCAGCUGACACCUCUUUCCUCCAGCCAGGAGUCUUACCUUCAGCCACCAGCAUACAGUCCCAGAUUCCAUCGGGGCCUGGAAGGGACGAGUGCCCUGGAGAGCCGCCUCCAAGCCACUGGCCAGGCCAGGCCUCCAGCUCCCAGGCCAUUCCACCACGGCCCAUAUUAUGGUUACCUCAGCAGCAGCAGCCCUGGAGAGAUGGACCCUCCACCUUUCUACAUGCCAGAGGUCAGCCCCCUCAGCUCUGUCAUGUCCUCCCCUCCUCUGCAUCCUGAAGGGCCCUUUGGCCACCCCACUAUCCCCGAGGAGGAUGGAGAGAAUGCUUCCAACAGCACACUGCCUCUGACCCAGACUCCAACAGGGGGCCGGUCCCCUGAACCAUGGGGCAGGGCUGAGUUCCCUUUCAGUGGCCUGGAGUCUUCACCCAUUAUGUUUCCUCACCAGCUGCACCAGUGCGAAAUGGCUGAGAGCAUGCAGCCAAAGGCCAGUCUUCCUAGGGGGCCACCACCUUCCUCCCUCCAGGUCCCUGCGUCCUACCCUGGCAUCCUGGCCCUGGAGGCACCAAAGAGUUGGACUGGCAAGUCACCGAUCAGGAGCCAACCUUCUGUGCCCACCGCCACCAAAUGGCAGGACAAACCUAUGCAACCAAUGGCGAGUCAAGGGCAGCUAAGACAUACCAGUCAAGGCAUGGGCAUACCUGUGUUGCCUUACCAUGGGCCGUCCGAGUCAGUCAGCCACAGCGGCACAAGCACAUUCGGCCUGGACACCAGGUGGUACGACCCCCAACCUAGACCUCGGCCCAGCCCUCGGCAAAUCAGGAGGGCUGAGCCCAGUUUACAUCAGGUGGUGCUACAACCUUCAAGGCUUUCCCCCCUGACCCAAAGCCCCCUCAGCUCCCGCACUAGCUCACCAGAGCUGACUGCACGGGCCAGACCACGACCAGGCCUCAUCCAGCAGGCGGAGAUGUCCGAGAUCACCCUGCAGCCUCCGGCAGCGGUCAGCUUCUCCCGCAAGUCCACUCCAUCAACAGGAUCUCCUGCCCAGAGUAGCCGGGGAGGGAGCCCCAGCUUCCGACCUGCCAUGGCCUUCACCUCUUUGGCCACUGGCUAUCCCCCCUCUCAGUGCCCUUCCCUGCCUGUGGAGCCCAUGGAUGUCUUCGGUCCAAUUCCCUCACCAAGGAGGUCUGGGGAGGAGAUUCUUAGGCCGGAGCCAACACCGACAACCAGUUCAGGAAAACGUCCAUCUCCAACCCGGAACGCUGCUGCACCUGAGAGGCUUGAAGCUCUGAAAUACCAGCGGAUAAAGAAGCCCAAAAAGUCAUCCAAGGGCUCCUCGAAAUCCAAAAAACAAAUCAAUGGUUCUGCCUCCCAGGUUCAGCAACAUCCUAACUCUCAGGUACUGUGGCCUGACGAAGCUGUCUGUCUCCGGAAGAAGAAGAGACACCCUCGUCAGGACCCCUUUGCCCGCCUCUCAGCACUGAAGGAUGACCUCUGCCACCGGCAGGUUCCUGAAGACCAGACAGCCAUUCUCAAUAGUGUGGACCAUGAUGAUUCCAGUGGGCAUGCGACCUUACUUUAGAGUAGCACCAGCCAGAGAAGGGACAAGGGGGGACAUGGGGAGGGCCAAAGGGUGCAAAGGUCUUGUUAUACAGCAGAAUGCACAGUGGAGCUUGGGGGGAGAAGCAACUGAAGCACAGGUGUGUGUGGCUAGUAUAUUUGCAGGUGUGCUCUCUUUGGGUAGCAGCAGGGGGAAUGCGCCGAGCAAGCAAUGAAUAUCACAUCCUGAUGGGCAUGGCUCUUGUGGUGUUUGUUGGAAGGAAACCCAGCCUCAUCUCUUUGACCCCUGCAAGGGGGAGCUUUACUUCUCCAUGCAACAUCUUCAGUUGCAACGCAAUCCACAAGGAUAGGAAAUAUCCUAAAUGAGAGAAUAGGAGGGAGAAAGAAAUGUUCCUGGUUUAAACCUCUUUAGCUUUGUUUGGAUCUUGUGCGGAGAAUCAGGAAACGUAAGAGCUGAUCUAAGGCAGAGAGUGAGAGAGCGAGUGAGCUUUACAGUGAUCACCUUUGUUACAAAUUUCAUGAGCCUCGGUUCUUAUCUGUGCGGUAGCUUCAGUUUUAUGCAUCCUGGAAAGGGGAUAAGAUUUUACAGCCUGGUUUCUGAAAUCAUAUGCAGACUGGGUUUUUAAAGGGAAAAAACAGAUGCAGGAUACAAUGUGUAUUUAUCUGGGUAGAAAGCACUGGGGAGGGAAAACAAGUUGCCCUAAGACAGGGAGCAGGCUGGGAUUCCACAGAAUGCAGUUAGAUAACACAUACUUCAAGCUGAGUUUUAUGAGCCAAUUAUUCAGUUUUAUUAAAGGAGUUGCAAAUAUCGUAAUGGGAAACUUACCAGCACAAAAGAAAUAGGCUUGUUUUAACUGUCACACCUUUUGAUGUCUGACUAUUCUAAGUGAAGAUACAAAUUAUAGUUUACUUUUUUAUCUGUCAAAUUAAGAUCUAGAAUUAGAGUGUGUUUCACAUUUUGCACAAUUGAAUCAACAUACGUGGAAAGCUUCUUCAAUUACACUAGCGAGGCUGGAAGUCUUCCUUUUCCAGACAAGAAAAGAAAACUGCUAUUUGUUCAAAAUGCCAGAUAUUUGCACCCUCAAUUGUAUUUUCUGGCAAACUGUAGGUUUAGAGUGGCUAAUUUUAAAAUGUUAACCAUGAUAUGCUAGUAUCUGUACUGUAGUACACAAUGAAAAAAUAGUCUUUGUACUGCAGCUCUCACUACAUCAGUGCCUCCAUUCACGUCAACUCUGCUGAAGUGAGGAGAAGUUCCUCAAACUCUCUGUGGAUGCCUGAAACUAGGCAAGGUUCUGCUGUGAUUCUUGUCACUUCUGGUCUCUGUUUUUGCUCUCCAGAUAUUAAAUUGGGCUUGCUGUACAACAGCCUCAGAAUGAAGUGGCAGCAUCCCAGGGUAGUAGAAUGCACUGUACCACUCCAAAGACAGCUUGUUGGAUCAUGUAUUUGUACAUUUAUUCAUAAAAUUAAGUACAAGUACAAAAUGAGCUCAGUGCAGGUGAGUGUCAGGCUGGAAUCUUGUUUCUCUGAUAUGCUACUUGAAAAGUUAGUAACAACUGGGGAACAUUCAAAAUUCAAAAUGGUGUCUUCUCCCACCUGCAGCAUGAAAUGGUACAGCCCAUUCUGCCACCCUGCUGUUCUCUCACUUCACUCUAUUGCAAAGACAGGAUCGGCUCUGGAUCGGCAGUGACAAGCAUGUAGCAGCCAUCCUAGAAAAGAGUUUUGGAAUGUAACUUUUUAAUCUCACAUUGCUGAGUCCAGACCUUAUUGAGUAGCGACUCCUGAAACCUCAUCCUGUAUUCUUGUUCAACAUUGUCUGCAUCUCAUGGCCCAGCUCCAUUUCUGAGUUGCUCUUUCGCCUUCUUCUUUUCAAUUCCUAAGGCUAUCCCGUCAAUCUUCUCGUGUUUUAUUUCAGUCUUGCCUCUUCUAUCCAGAUACUCUCUUUCCCCAGAGUGCUGGGCCUUGGUUUCUUUUCUGCUUAACCUAACAGUGCCUGUGCACUGUCCAAAUUCAGAUGAAAUGAUCUGUCCGUGGGUCAUGAAGUACAGCUAUGGGAGGAAUGCAGGACAUGAGGAUGGCACUGUGAAAGUAAUGUUGGGCUCUUGGAUUAUAAAAUAUCCAAACGUCAAUCUACUAACCAGGGCUGCAUUCUGUAACCUACCAAGCAAAACUCACUGAGAGCCAGUGUGCAGCAUCGUUAUGCUGGGGGAUUAAGAUCAAGGAAACCACAACUGAAUUUAGAGAUGGGCAAAUCUAUUUCCAGUCCCUGUCACAGAUGCCCGUUAUUCCAUUCCACUUUUGCAUUAAUCUACACUUUGAAGAAAGAGUGCCAACAAAAUGCACAAAAUGCAAAAUGCAUAUUUUAAUGCAUGUUUUCAUACAUUUGAAAUCUGUUGGGAAGCAAAAAUCCAAUCUGCAUUAUAGUCCAAGAGGUGCUAAUCAUGCCACAUCUUGCAAGAAUUUGCAGAGGUUGAAUUAUUCAAGAAUUCCUGAUGGAUAACCUCACUCUGCCACAAAGCUCACUGAGUGACCUUCGACCAGUCACUUUUCUCAGCCUAGAAUUUUCGUGAGAAUAAAGUGGAUGGUAGGGAGGAGGGGCAUAUUUGCAAUCCUAAAAUUCUGGCAGGAAAGGCAGGAUAAAAUGUCAUUAAUAAAUAAACCCCCCAAGAGAUCACUUAACCUCAUGUUCUUGCUGCUUGUCUGGGACUGCAGAAAUCAGGAUGCUAGUCAGAUACUCGGUAGUCCCACCGUGAAUGGUGAGGAGAAUGUGUUUGGCUUGGUGGAUCACAAGUCUCUGUGCAGACCAGUGCUAACAAAAUUAGUAGGCGAAAUUAACAAGGUGUCUAUGCAAAUAGGUGAACUGGUGCAAAGGUGCAUGUGAGUGUGUGUGGCUGAGAGCUGCUUUGGGCAUGCCUACAGUCUUGCAUACUUCUGGUUGGAUCUUUUUAUCUUUUCUGUCCAAUGGAUUUUGAACCCUUUCCCUGCUCGGUGACUAGGCAUCCCAGGACCUGCAAAAAUCAGGAAACAGAAACUCCAAAUAUCACUAAGUGUACAGAACUAUUAUGGUUCUUUGAAUCCUGGCCUGAAAUGAAAACAGGAGGAGUGUGAUCAUGAGGGAUAGCCUCAGGGUGCAACAGAGAGGUUUAAGAAUAAUUCCCAAUCCCCUGAACUGUGGUAGCGUGAAUGACUCUAGGAAGUCUCAAAUACCCGCCCAAGGCCCCAGUGGAAAUUUAUGACAAUUCAAUUGAUAUAAAAAUAAUAAGUUUGUAAUGUAGAUAUACCCUUUGUCUUUCAUCUAGGAAAUUUACAGUAACACUGGUAUGUACUUCAGUGCGAGAUUCAUGAGAAACAGGUGGAAAAGACAAAAUGGAGAGUAGAAAUACGGAUAAAUGCCACGUGAUGUAAUCUUUGAAGCCCUUGUGUUUCCAAAUCAAGACAUGGUUAGGCUGGAGUGGGUGGAAAUUGCAGACUGAACCAGUAAUGCAAGAGGAACUAGCAGUUUCUGGAAAAAAAUAGAAACCAAGCGACAAGAGCUCUAGUUUUGAGAUGGUCAAUGAAGCUCCCAGGGAGGAGAUAUUCACUUCUGCCCUGGUUAAGAAAUCAAAGUUGCCACUCAUUUCUGUUCUUAGUUUAGGAACUGCUAGUUCCCGUUGCAUUGGCAGGCCAUUCAGCUCAUGCACCAGACUUGCAGAAUUAGAAACUGCCUGCAGGCUUUUAUCCGAUUGCUGUAAUAGUCAUGAUCAGAUGCAACGUGUUAUCUUCAGUUUUGCUGAUCACAUCUGGGCUUCCUUAUCAGGUUGUGCUCUCCUGCGCAACAUCAGGCCAUCAGAUUCAAGAUGCCUGUAUGAUGCCUGUAUGAUGCACAUACCCCUGUUAGAAAGGUAGAUGUGGCCUAAUGAAGUUGAUGUGAAGUUAGGAGGGACAAGUGGAGACAUGCAGAUUUCCUGGUUCUGCUACAUGCCAGAAGUUGGCCUACUUCUUGCAUCAGUGUUUCCACCUUUAGAGCUGAAGUAAAAGUAAGCACUUUGCAAAAUACUUUCAGAGUCUAUUUUCAAAGUCUACUGAUGAAAGCUGCAAAUGCUGAGUAUUAUUAUCAUUAGUAGUAGUACUUAUAGAAUAAUAUCUUUAGGGUGAAAACAGCUACACCCCCAUCUUCUUAAGGGAUGAGAGCAAAUACUACUUCCAGGUUCUUCCCCAUUUGACAGGAUGCUUCCUGCCCAGUCCUGUGCGUGCUUCAUUUAGAGGUUCCACUGAAUUUUGUGGCACCAUCUUCCAAUAAAGUAUGCUUCGAUUCACAGCCCAAGUCCUCAGUUUGUCAGGUUUUUUGAUUAAUGUGCUCUUUAUUUUAUGACAUGUUCAGGAAAAACAGGGAGCAAAGAAAGACCUAGAAUGCUGUUUUGCAUUUGUCUGCACAGGAAGGCUUCCCAUGCUUCCCAAUAUUCUUUUGAUUCAUUUCAGAUGAAGAGGUCGGCUCAUUUUUGUCAGUUUUGUUAAGCUUACAGACAUUCUGAGCAUAGGCUGAUAUCAAGCUGGAUCAUUACCUGUCUUUCUCACACAGUAUUGUGUCCUCGGAGUGAUAGUUACUUAUUAGCCUAUUAGGUCUUGGGUAGAGCUCUUUCCUGAACCCCAACAUGUGGCAUCCUUUUAUUUUGACCUGCAAACAUCAGAUGUGGAGAGGUUUCAUGUGCUGAGAUUAGACAAAUGGGCCAUUUUCACACACGGCAAUUUAGUUGUCCUGAUGGACCUUAGUUGUACCCUCUGUUUGAAUACAUGCUCCUUUUUAAUGUGAAGUAGAAAGGAGAGAUGCAUUUGUCAUGCACGCAAGAAUUCUGGUCAACAUAGGUUUUAUAUUCACAUUAGAAAACGAUUUAGCUUACAAUGGCAACUUGCUUAAAGGUCCAUGUGUGAAAAUGCCCAUUAUCUUUUCUUUGAGAUAUGUCACCAUGCUUUAGUUUGAGGUCAUAAGACUAAUUUCCCAUGUUCCUUCCAGUUCAAAAUAUUCUGACAAAUAUACUGAGCUGAUAUUUAACUUGUUACCACUCAUUGGCACACAGCCAGUUUACAAAUAUGAUAAUUACAGAACCCUUUUAUUCUUUAAUUUUGGGGCAUAAGCACAGCUGUAAAUUAUGUCAGAGAUGCCUUUGAGGCCCUUGUUCUAAAUUCCAUAGAAAUUUAAUUGCUCAUUGUGUCUGUAAUCAGGUUUUCCUUUGGCCCUUUUCUGUUAUCCUGAGGCAAAAAAGAUCUUGAUGUCUUCCUGUAAAAGGGACAGAAGGAAAGGAUUCUUCCAAACUACUUUGGGGGCAAUUUGUAGUCACAUGAUGCAGCCACCUUGGGGAAAUCUAAGCAGGUUGGGGUCUUGUGAUUGCCUGGAUGAGACCUCCAUGUAGGGUGCUAGAACUGUACUAAACAAAAUGGAUAGUUUCCAUCUAAUUUUAAAGAGUCAUAUGACUCCUUCAAGGGAAGGCUUGGGAACUCCGGUUUUCAGUCAGCUGUUCUCUGAAUUAUAUUGCAAAUGGUUGUUUGGAGCUGAUGGGGGAUGGACGGUUAGUUGGUUCUGGUAGGGGAAGGCAGGAGAAAAGCAGUAAAAAUCCCACUGGACACAUGCAGGUCCUUUGAACCUGGACUCUGCUUUCCAAAAUUGUGCAUACUGCUCUUUGUAUUCUGAUCCUACUUUUUCAGUUUUAUAGCAGGAUCUCAGUUGUAUUUAAUCCCUCCACAAUUGGCAACCUGGGUUCCUGCAAUAUUACUUUUAGUCAUACAUUCCGCCACUAUAAACACCACCACGACUUUAGUGUGGUUGUUAUCAGACAAGACCUGGCCUGAUACCUGAUACUACUAAUAUAGUUGAUUAAUGGAGUUAGGGAAAAUUUGAGACUGAUUGACACUGGUGCUAAAGACAUUUUUAAAAAGUAGGGGGUGUUUCUUUACCUAUGUUCAUCUCUGUAAACCCGGCUCCAGGAAUAAUUCCUAUAAAAACAACUAAAUUGAAAGAAGAGUGUCUGAUUUUCAGAAAGCCUUCCCAUGUGUUCUUAUGGGUGUAGAGACAUGGGUGCUGCCAUUUUGUUCUGGAAAAGGCUCCCUCUAGGUGCAUUCAAACAUGCUCAUUUGAGUGUGUGUUUGGAAAUGUUAAAUGUUACCAUUUGCAUGACACAAUGAAAGUUGAGUUAAGGAUGCAAAACGGCCCGAUCUGUUGUACCUGCUGAGAGGAAGCUUUACUGAAUCCGAUGGGAAUUCCUCCUGGGGAAGUUGUCUAAGAUGGUGGUCUGAGUUGCAGAAGGCCAAGCUAGGCUGCUGUGCAAUUCACCAGAGGAUCACUAUGGGAAGUCUCCAAGGGUGUGCAUGUGCUGUGCGCUUAUUUCUGGUGAAAAAUAGCCUACUUACAUGCACUCCAUCACAAAUACUUCUUCCCAUAUUGUGGUCUUUUUAAAAAGACCUUUCACAAAUUCCUUCAGGAAAGUCUCCUUGGAAACUCUCUCUGAGGACUAGGAUUUCGAAUUUUUGCUAAGCUAUGCUAGAUAUUUUUCCGUUCUAUCUCCUCUUCUUGCUUAAAAACAGUUUUGUGUAUUGGAGAUAAUUGUCAAGCUUUGGGUAUUGUUGUUAACUUUUCGAUCUGUGCUAGACAAAAAUAUUUGUUUACUGUGAGGAAUUAUUUGGGGUAUUGUACUUUUGUCCCCAUUGCAAUGUUCCUUUUAUAGUAAUUCUGAAAAUAUGCUUUAUAGUCUUUUCUGAAAAUCCCAGGGGGUACAGCAAAGAUGUGUGAUGAAAAUAUGAACGAACACCGGCAGCAAGAAUGUCUUUCACUGUGGUCUAUAAAGGUUUCUGUAUCCCCCUUCCUUUUGAAAAUGUAAAUGGAAACAAAGGUAUACCACGACUUCCCCCUCAAGAAGUAUUUAUACAGUUUAUAUGUCUUACCUCACUUGUCUAGCUCAUCAAGCAAAAUGCAGGCCACCAGUCAGGCAUGGGGGACCACCAGGGGCCCAGUUGUACUCAGUGUUCCCAGCCCCACAGGCUGGGAAUGCAGAAAGAAUUUCUUUGGGACAGGAAGGAAAUUGCCAGGCACCCAGACCGCAUCCACUGGAUUUGCGAUUCCAAGCUGCAGAGGCUUGGAGUGAGGCAUUCCAUGCUGGAAUCAAUUGUAUGAAGGUGUUGUGCCAGUCCUAAUGCAGCCGUGCUGUGAUGGUGAAGGUGCUCUCCACAUCUGCGGACAUAUAGGCUGAUGCAUCACGGUGCUUCCGCAGAAAUGUGCAGGUUCUAUUUGCAGAGAGGAAGGACAACUGAUGUGGGAAGGAAUGUUUUGUAUCGUAUUAUCAUUUGACCAUGCAAAGGCGAUCUAUCAAUGAAAGGGACAAAAGGUUUAUGGAGCAGCUUUUGACCUUUUUGGCCUCCUCCGUUUCUGUAGUAGGAGCCAUGUGCGCUGUGGGGUGUGUUGGAGCACCUUUUAAGGCUUGCAAAGGAUUCGUAACAGACACUUGUCUGGCAUGUUGCAAGGCAAGGCAUGUAGGGUUGAAUGAGCCAUCAGUCCGGGAAAAUUGCUUGCCCUAACUGAGCUUCUUGUCUCAAUGCGUGCUGGCAGAUUGUAUUAUCAUACGAUCAUGAAAACUCUGCAAAGUACACAGAUAACAUGGCCAAGCCUGCCAAAAUGGUCGUUGGCCCCGCUCUGGAUCAGAGAGUGCCCCCAUGGAAUACAGAUGUUCUGCAUCUGUUCAGUAAUGUUUGGCAAAUUGUCUCUCAGGGACAUGUGUACAAGUCUGUGUGCAUUGACUAUAUCAAAAAGCAUCUCUGGGAGCUGAAGUUUGGACUGAGUUAGUGAGGAAUAUCGUCAAGUGUUGCCACAUUAUACCCCUUCCUGAUUUGUACAUGGCUCACCUGCUUGCCCAUUUCUUUGCUGUUGCCAGUCUCUGGCACUGCAAUGGACCUGCAGAGUCCGUUUGGUGGAGUGAGAGAUCUGGGGGCAACAACGGCAAGGGCAGCAACUAAAGCAAACUGCUUUUGGGGUGUGUUUGUGUGUGUGAGGAGGGGUAGCUGAUAGGUGACUGAAAAUAUUUCUGGGGGAAGGCUCACCUUUCUGCCCAUACUCUGAAGCUUGUAAUCAAUUCCAGACUUAACAGCAAAUUCAAACCACAUUGAUCCAGGCAUGCUACAAAGGAGGACAUUAUGCACCAAUUAAUUCCCACAAAAAAGCCAACCAAAAAGUCAGCAGCAUCACUGGUUUUAACAUCGAUUUUAUUUACUGAGCAAUUUAAUUCAUGACCGGCCCUGUGUCUCUGCUGGUGAAAUGAGGCAGCGCUGAUCACCCAUGAACUUCACAGAGACAGUUUCACUGUAGCACUCCUGGAAAAAGAAAUGCAAAUACUCACAAGUCUCGUAUUGAUGCGGCAUGCAAGAUCCCGUUCUCUCCUCUGCUUCCUCCCAUCCUUGUAAACAUUAGGGGCGAACAGGGCCAGAAAGAUACUUUCUUGCUAUAACAUUAAUUGGCGAACUGAUGGGGAAGGGGUAGGUGUCAGUCGUCCCUUUAUCCCAGGUUCCUUCUCCAACAUCUGCAGGUUUAGAUAAGGAACUCUCUUGUAUGCAAGUAUGGGGUGCUAUCUCAUAGCCACUGGGCAAUGUUUUCAAUGUUGCACCUUAGGAAAUUCCAGUGAAGUCAAUGGAAUUUAUUCUUGAUUCAGAAAGCUUGACGGGGGGCACUUUCCUCUGUUCUGGAUCUACAUUGCUUUGGUGCCACCAUGAUAGAGUGAUCAUGGAGGUAGGGUGAACAGCAGCACGGGUUCAGUGGUUCCUUCCUGCACAAAAGUUGCCCAGCACUUUCUGGGGAAAGUGUUGCCUGUGAACCAGUGUGCAAUCUGAGAGGUGCACAACAUUGCCAGGGAUCCGGAGUUCACACCCAUUGGAUUGUUUGGGACAGUUGCUUGGCUUGGUAGUGCAUUUGGAGCCCUUGCCCUGCUUGAAGACCUCUGGGAGCCCCCAGUCUCAUGAUUGGCUUUCUUUUGUUUUAUUAGAUCUCUGUCACUCAGUCCUGUAUGCAAGUUUUAGUCAAAUACUGACUUUCCCCAGUAGUCUGAGCUGCUUUGGAACAUUAAUCUAAUUCCAGAGGUAGGAAUUACAAAAAUCAAAGACCAAAAAAAAAAAAAGAAAAGAAAAGAAAAGAAAAGAAAAGAAAGAAAAAGGAAAUUGGCCAAUGUAUAUGUGCCUUUUGCUAGCAACGCUGCCACCAUGAGACCUAAAAAGAAGUCUUUUUGCCUCUUUUGGUGCUAAGAAUAUUACUAAUGCAAAGAGGAUCAUGUUGCAACUCACCUCAUAUGGCAGCACAGAUCAAAAGCUGUUUAGCGCCUCGAGGCAGAGUAAGGUGGGAUUGAUUGCUCCCUACCACCAUCACCCAAGCUCCCUGCUGGUUUAGAGUUUCUGUAACCCUGUAUCCUGUAUAAGAGGGCUGAUUUACAUGUCCCAAAGCCCACAAACAGGACUCAAAGGCCCGACUUAUCCCCACAGUUCACCCCUAAUCUAGAUCUCACUGUUCUGGCCAAGAGCAGUGGACAGUUCUGUCUUCCAGGAAUUAGUCCUAAAAUUAAAAGCACCUAAAGUAAGUGGCCAUUGCUGUAUCUUCUGGAGCACCCAGCUCUGUAGUAAAGACAUAGUCUGUUGACCCUAAGUCAAAAUUAGAAGUUAGGUGAUUGACAUUGCGCCCUUUUGUUUUAGUGGGCUGUGCUUGGGCAGUUGUCCAGCCAUCCUGAUUCCCUGAAGAGUGUGCUUAAGACACUGGGACAUAGCAUUUCCUUGUACCUAAUUUAGGCGUGUACCUUGUACCAAACCAUAACCUGGCGAUAUGAUCCUUCAUGUGUGUGUGUGUAUGUAUGUGUUUUUAAAGAAAAAAAGGAAUGUAUAUAAGAACUAUAUAGAUAUAUACAGAGUAAAUAUAGAAGAAGAAGUUAGAUGUAUUUGCAGGAAACUGAUAUAUUUGCAUGUAAAAAGGAGGUUUGGCACUUUUAGGGUGGAUGUUAAAGGUACGGGGUGGGGAGGGAGGAGGCAGUGUGUGGAUGGGAACCUGAGGGUGGGGUGAUAGCAAAAAUGCUCUCAGGGUGAGAGGUGGGGAAGAGAUGUUGUGAUAAUGUCCUUUUUUUUCUUUCUGCAUUUCAAGGUUGCAGACUUCUGUGCACAGUCUGGUAAGAAAAACAAAUCUUAAUAAUAGAUUUUUCUGAAUUACAGAAUAAAAAUUCAUCCAUCCAUCUGUCCAAUAAUCCUGCUCCUAAACAGCAAUGCUGAAAAUUGGUACAGGUAGAUGGUGGGGGAUAAACUGUUUAGAUGGCCAUGUAUUUAGAAGUCCACCAUGGCCUGCUCUAGAGAUUUAGAAGAAGACACGACCCCAGAGAGGUCUAAAGCUCAUUCCACUAGACUAGGAAGAGCAGCAGAGUUUUCAGCAAGUUGGAGGUGACAGGAGAGACAGUGAGUAGACAUCCUCACCCCAUUGUCUUCUCCGUAGGAUUCUGGAAAGCUUCAAAGGUUUGCAAAGCUUGUGUCACUAGAGGUAACGGAGGAACAAAGGAAACCAUGUGCUCCCUGCAUGGAGAUGACCCCUUCAUUCGUGUCAUUGGUUGUGCAAAACACCUCUGAGUGGUUUUGUAGGUCUUAUUUAAACUGUUCUGGCUUCUCUCAAAAUUCCUCCUCUUUUAACUUGAAACUUUUUCUGAGGGAGCUACUAACUUUUAUUUUGCUUUAUUUUUUUUGAAAUGGUGACCUAUCUCCUGCAUUGUCUGCCUCCAGGAUCCACAAAUAUUUAAAAAUACCAUUACUGGACAUAUGGACAACACCUCAGGAUUCUAAAAAUUCCCACAGGUGUUUAUCAACCCGAACUAUAUCAACUCACUUAGUGCCUUUUAACUUUUGUUAGUGGUAGGAGGCUGUAACUGAAGAGCAUAAACGAGCAUUUAGAGGGCCAGUAUCUGAUAGCAGCAAAGGAGAACCUCAGUGGAGUCAUCAGUCUUGAUCUGUCUGAGAAUCAAGCCUGGGAAAAUCAGGCUUGAAUCUUGAGCUGAGUGACCACAGCUUUCUCUUCAAGGUUUCACUGCUCGUUUCCACAGACCAGUUAGGCAUUAGACUGUUAACAUGCAUCUUCUUUCUUAGCACUGUAAGACUGAUUACACAAUUGCUGCUGAGGAAAAGGUGCCGCCUUCCACAUGUACACAGCUGUUGUGAGCUUUGUGUGGAAAGUCACUGUUCUGCUCUCAUAGAAACUUUUGCCCCUGAAUGGUGCUGAUAAUGAGUUGAAACACUCUCCUUUCCCAAGCUGAUCAUACCAAGUUGAUCUACUUUCAACUUUGCUUUCUAGAGGAUAACCAUUUCCAAUGUUUAUCUGACAAGUAGAGUAGUUAUUAUGUAUUAUGGCACGAGAAACGAAAAGAGGGAAGGGAUGCACACAAUAUCUGGAUAUCUGGAAUGGUAAGGCUUUCCUUUCAUGUGACAUUUUGUUCAGAAGUUAAAGCAAACAGGUGGGAAAGUCCGCUGUAUAACCUGCCCUUUAAAGACCUACGUUUUAGUCCAAGCGGUCCCAAGUGAAAUUAGUCCAAUGCAUUGAAAAUCACCUGGUGUUGCUUCCUGCAGAGGAAGUGGGCAAGGAUGCCUCUUACUGAAUUAUGCAUUAAACUGAAGAUAAGAGCUGCAAUUCCGUUGGUGGUUUAAAUGGAGCUAAGUUGAUUUCUGAGAUGGAAUGAAUAGGAGUGGCUGGUUUGAAA